AUGGCGGGCGUCGGCGAUGCGGCCGCCCCGGGAGAAGGCGGCGGUGGCGGCGCGGACGGCCGCGGCGAGGCGGAGCAGCCGGGAGGCGGCGGCGGCGGCGGCGGCGGCGGCCACGGGCCCUCGCCGGCGCCCCAGCUCACGGAGACGCUGGGCUUCUACGAGAGCGACCGGCGGCGGGAGCGGCGCCGCAGCCGCGCAGAGCUUUCAUUGUUGAGGUUCCUCAGUGCUGAACUAACAAGAGGGUACUUCCUUGAACAUAAUGAGGCCAAGUAUACAGAAAGAAGAGAAAGAGUAUACACUUGUAUGCGAAUACCAAGAGAAUUGGAAAAGCUCAUGGUUUUUGGAAUCUUUCUGUGCCUGGAUGCAUUUCUGUAUGUGUUCACGUUGCUUCCUCUAAGAGUCUUCCUAGCACUCUUCAGGCUCUUCACUUUGCCUUGCUAUGGCUUAAGGGACAGACGUUUGCUUCAGCCUGCUCAGGUGUGUGACAUCCUGAAGGGUGUCAUUUUGGUAAUCUGCUAUUUUAUGAUGCACUAUGUUGACUACUCCAUGAUGUAUCACCUGAUAAGAGGACAGUCAGUCAUCAAGCUCUACAUCAUCUAUAAUAUGCUCGAGGUAGCAGAUCGUCUGUUUUCAUCUUUUGGACAAGAUAUAUUAGAUGCUCUCUAUUGGACAGCAACAGAGCCUAAAGAAAGAAAAAGAGCCCAUAUUGGAGUGAUCCCUCACUUUUUCAUGGCUGUUCUCUAUGUCUUUUUGCAUGCAAUUCUCAUCAUGGUUCAAGCAACAACUCUCAACGUGGCUUUUAAUUCACACAACAAGUCACUGCUUACUAUCAUGAUGUCUAAUAAUUUUGUUGAAAUUAAAGGAAGUGUUUUCAAGAAGUUUGAAAAGAAUAAUCUUUUUCAAAUGUCAAAUAGCGAUAUUAAGGAACGAUUCACAAAUUAUGUGCUUUUGCUAAUAGUAUGUUUAAGAAACAUGGAGCAGUUUUCUUGGAAUCCAGAUCACCUCUGGGUGUUGUUUCCAGAUGUCUGUAUGGUGAUUGCAUCAGAAAUUGCUGUGGAUAUUGUAAAACACGCCUUUAUCACCAAGUUCAAUGACAUUACUGCAGAUGUCUACAGUGAGUAUCGAGCCAGCCUUGCUUUUGACCUUGUUAGCAGUCGACAGAAAAAUGCAUAUACUGAUUACAGUGACUCCGUGGCACGGAGGAUGGGGUUCAUUCCUCUCCCAUUAGCUGUUCUACUCAUCAGAGUCGUAACAAGCUCAAUCAAAGUGCAAGGAAUUCUGUCUUAUGCCUGUGUCGUACUCUUCUAUUUUGGGUUGAUAUCCCUGAAAGUACUUAAUAGCAUCGUGCUGUUGGGAAAAUCAUGCCAGUAUGUGAAGGAGGCCAAGAUGGAAGAGAAGCUAUUUAAUCCGCCUCCAGCCAGUGCACCAGGCAAACCACCUAAUAAAUCACAGAACAAAUGUAAACCCUCUCAAGAAGAAAACCUGUCUGCUUCAGUUACCAGCCAGCCCGUUCAUCCCAAGGAAAGCGUCGUACCGUUCCUUGUGGCGAGCAGUUCUGACCAGUUUCUGACGACUCCAGAUGGCGAUGAGAAGGACAUAACGCAGGAGAGCUCUGAAUUAAAGCACAGAUCCUCAAAGAAAGAUUUGUUAGAGGUGGACAGGUUCACAAUCUGUGGAAACCGAAUCGACUGAACUCCAUGCCUCCCGUGCCCAAGAUGCCGGGUCCCGGGCAGGAGGUGCAGAAAAUGGCACUUAAAUAUUUAUUUAAAAACUUAAAUUAUUAAUGGAAAGCGAAUCUUAGUAUCUUUCUUCCAGUGAUGGGGUCUGGCUGCAGGUUGGGUCACAGAACCUCAGCAGCCUCCAGCCUGGACUCUGGGGACCUGCCGGGCAGGAGGAGCCCCUCGUGCGUGGCCGGGAGCAGUCACUUCCAGGCCCGCGAUGCAGCGUCAGCACCACCCUGCUCGUCCGUCUGCGCUUCCGGAACAUCGAGGCCUCUCAGUACAAGGAUGUACCUGGAAAACUGUGAAGCUUUUACCACAUUACCUUUCCAGUCCCAUACUGUUUCCACAGUUUUCAAACUGUACUUCAUCUGCCAAAGCAUUAAAAAGAAAAAUGGUAAUUAAACUUAAGUCAAGAUAAAUGUUCUUACCACCAGAAUAAUCCUUGAAGAUGUGUCUGAAUUAAUCAGAAUAAAAGGCUACCUAAAAUAAUUCAUGAUGAAUAGUAGCAUUUUAUAGGGAAAAAAAACCCUAAGCUGGUUUGUUUAUUUAAAAAAUAUUCAUUUAAUGAAGGUGGUUAUGCAUCACGGAGAAAAUGUUUCAUAAUUUUUCAGUUUACUCUUUAAAGCAAAAUGUGAGCUGUGUAUUGUUCAAUUGCAACGGAUAAAAUAGAAAUACCCUUACAAAAGGCACUUUUAUACUGAAAAAGAGCAGUGUUAACUUUUAAUGUAUAGUUAACGGGUUUCGCUUUAAAACUAAUUGCUUCAUAAAUUGUUGCAGUUCAAAGGAUGUGUUGAAGGGGCUGAAGAAUUUGUUGGUGUACAAAAUCCAAAGGUGUCAACUUUAACAGAGUUUUUAAAGUGACAGCUUUAAAUAUUCUGAACGAUUUGGGCAGCGUCUUGCUUGGGCUUGCAAAAGGCGUGAGCCCUGCUGACAGGAGCAUCCAGGGGUGUUCCCAAGCUGGGGGCAGGCGGCCGUGUCUCUGGGGUGUAUGUGUGGAGAUGUGUGUAUGGACGCUGGGAACAGGAACGAAAAGGUGCUUUUGGGUUUUGAGAUUUGUUCUGCUUAAUUACUAGUUUGUGGCCUGCAUCAUAGGACAAGUCAUUUCCCACCACAGUUUUAUCUUGAGAAACCUUUCUGCACUUUUAUAAAAAUUUUACAGUGUCUCAUUUCAAAAUGUGCAGAUGUUACUGUUAACCGUCAUUUCCUUUGAUGUUUCCAUGUUGAAGUUCGGCUCUUGUGCUGAUACUUUGGGUAUAUUAAAUGCAAAAGGUAAAUUUUAGGGGCUUCAUCUCUUUCCUGGGUGAAAUACAAAGCACGCUUUAAUGUUUUGGUUUCUUUGGCCUCCAUAGAAAUACAGAAGUAAAUCUUAACGUUUUGCACUAACUAAAGAAAUCUGAAGAUAAUGUUCACUUAGGGUAAAAGGAAAUCUUACCUAAAUGCUUUUGUGAAACCAGGAAGUAUUUUAAGUUAAAAAUGAAAAGAUUUGUGUUUUGUGUAUGUUUCAAUGAAGCCCCAUCAUAGAAUUAUUCUUCUAUCCAUCUCUUCGCCACCAAAAGGAACGGAAUCCACGUGAAUGGACUAGUUUGGGGAAAUCUUUGCCAAACGUAGCCCUGAUCAGAGCAAGAAUAUGAUUUGGGUUUAUCUUUCAAUUCAGCUUGAAUUAUCCUGUUGUUAUUGUGCUGUCAUUUUCAGAAGAUUUCAUUUCCUUUGCAGAACCUAUUGGGAGUUUGGAAUGAUGUUCAUUUCUUCUGUUAAAAUGGCAUUCAGUACUAAUUUUAUAAGUGCAUCUUGUGUGAAACUCAAUAAAUUCAAUUUUGUAAUCUUUUU